CGUGUUUUGUAAGUGUAACUGUACAAGCAAGGCUGACGUGAAGCUACUAGGCGAGUAUGUAGCACAUGUACACGCAUACAAUGUAACGGUUAUAGUGUUUGGCCUGCAUUGCGCGUGAUGCACUGAAGUACGUGUAUUGGAGCUAGACGUUAUGAUAUUUUCAUUCUGCGUUUUAAGUUGAUUUUCAGACAGCAAGAUGGCGAUCAAGGUAACAACGAUUUCGUUUAUCAUUACAGCUUUCAUUGUUGUGAUUACCAUUGUUAUAAUGUCUGUGCCUAAUCUUAUAAGCUACAAACUGUCAUUGUCAGUAACAGCUGUGAUGAAGAUUCUUAAUAUAACGAGUGGUGGUAUGCCUGGAAUGAUUCAACCGGCCAUGUAUCCGAUGGAUCCACAUCAACAACCAGAACACAUAGAAACAACGUUACAGCCGUUAGAUAUAGGUGACUACCACUUGGGUGUUUCACUGGGGAUAUACCGGUGCGAGCUAGAAACACGUAUACCAUCGGUACCCACACCGUUAACAUGGGACGGCACAUACGUGUCUCUGGGGGACAAAUUUGAGACCACAGCCAAUCAGAUGAUGGCAGCGAUAGAUCCGAUGGAUGUGGCUAAAUCUAAAUUGAUAUUCGGAGAUGGAGCUGUGUCCGCCUUUGCAGACCUGAUAAGGACAUUAUUCGUUCGUGCUGAAAUUGAAGUAACAGUGGCUUUGCUGUUUUUACUUAUUGCCCUGGCGAUGACCUUUAUCAACGUGUGUGUGAAGGAUGGUCAGACAAAUCCAUUUGUUAUCACCAGCGCAGCUAUCUGUUUUCUGAUCCACUCGAUUCUCCUAGGCGUAGCAUUAGGAGCCUUUGCACAACAACUGCAACAGAUGUCAACAUUUGCUGACAUGUUUACCAUGGUGAAGAUUACCGAUAAAGGCUAUGGAAUCCUUGCUUUGGGGUUUUUGAUAGUGCUUGCCUCCAUCUUAUUGACCUUGGAACACUUACGUAUGCUGGUCUUCCCGAAAGAGCCUUACAAACGUUUUGGUCAAAACGAGGAACCAGUUUCUUACUCUGCCAGAGAAAACUUUAAUCUCGGUGGCGAAUACAAUGUCUAGAUAAAAGCACACCGACUGGUUGAUUCCCACGUAUACGACAUGAGUUCUUUACAACAAAGAAUUGUGUGAGAUCAAUACUGAUUCGCAUUAGGAUGCUUAUUUCCAAAAAAUGUGUCUUCAAUCUAAAGUACAUUUAUUCAAUCAUCAAUUUAAAUUAACGAUACCUGUCACACGUAAAAUGUACUACGUUUUGACUACUUGCCCAUCUCUUCUAUUUCAUAAUUAUUUCAAAUCAUAAUUUAAUGUUCUUACCCAUGUCAAUAUCAGUAAUGCUUAUCAAUGCAUUAAUGUAACAUAUAGAUACUGCUAUAUUUUACAAAUGUUAGAAAGUAAAUAUUUUAUUGUGGAUACAUAUAACAGUAUCAAAUAUUUGAUAUUUCUGUUAUUAAGCCUAGAUACUAUUUACAUCGUAACUGUGGUAUUAACCUAAUUGAUGAUGCGCGUGAUAUAAUGCUUUAAAUAGAGAAUUAGAUCAUGUUGCGGUGAAAAUUUCACAAUGAAACAGGUUAUGCGAUUUUAUGCGAGAUAGACAAAUAACCUGUCUUUUUACUGCAUGGUUAUCCUAUAUUAUUUUCAUUAUAAAAACGUAUUUGUUUUCUUGUGUCGGAGCCUGACAGCUUGAUAGGUCUUCCAGUUUUGACGGCUGACUCCGACUCACUAAUACACAUGUAUUGUACAUAUCAAUUAACAUUACAGUUUCAUGAUGUGCCAUUGUGUAACUAUAUAUAUAUUCAAGAGCUGGCUUAUUUUUGGAGAGAAAAACCCAAAACACCGCAAACGAUUGAGAUUGCUAUUCAAUGAUCGCAAAGCUGUUUGUAAUUAAAUUUAGCAUCCUUCAAAUGGCAAA